UUGAAGUUACAUUUUUAUGCGUCCUCUUACUCAAUUACCUAGCUAGUAACUACUCACUAGCAUAUAGCCUUCUCUGCUACCGUGUCCACAUCAUCAGCGUCGUUGAUUUGAGUUGACCACAAAGGCGCCUGCUGCCGCACCCACAGGCCACAGCGACAUCUUGGAGCGCUCGCGCCAUGCAUGCCAUGGUGAAGGCUCCCCCGAAGACGCGACUUCAGGCCGGCCGGCCGGGGCCGUCGUCGUUACUCGUUACACACCUGUGCAAGCUAAGGCCACACAAGCCAAGGAAAUGCUUCAAGCCUCGCCUAUCUUAGCCAGCGCUAUCGACUGAGAACGUACCAGCACCACACGUCCCAUCGGGGUGCAGACGAUAUAGAUGCACUCUUAAUUAGCGCGAUUAAGAAUGACUCUUAGCGCGAUUAAUUGUGCUGGUACCAUUGAUCCAUUAUUCAAUCGCCGCAUGCAUGUACAGAUUGACACGCACAUCGCUUGCUUUCUUGUAUAUAACCACAUAUGUACAGGCCGGGGUGCCAUGUUGCCUGCAAAGCUCUGUAAUCCGGCCAGCUGCCGCGCUGCUCUUACCUUGCUUCCAAUGCUUGCACAAACAAUGGGCACUACUACAACUCCCGUAGCAGCCGCCGGCAUUGAUCCCUGCAACCGCGGGCACCUCAUCAAGGUCAAGCAAACCAUGCUGCGGCGGCUCCUCGUCCUCACCGUCGCCACGAUCCUGAUCGGCCCCGCCGUCGCGAGCCCGCCGCCGGACCCCGUUCAGUGCUCGUCCGGCGGCAACGACGGCGGCUGCACCGUGUCCAGCGCCUACGGCGUGUUCCCGGACCGCUCCACGUGCCGCGCCGCCGCCGUCGCGUACCCGUCCACGGAGGGCGAGCUGGUGCGCGCCGUGGCGCGCGCCGUCGCGUCGGGGACCAAGAUGAAGGUGACCACACGGUACUCCCACAGCAUCCCGCAGCUGGCGUGCCCCGGGAGCGGCGGCGGCGAGGGCCUCGCCAUCAGCACGCGGCGGCUCGACCGCGUCGUGUCCGUGGACGCCGCGCGGGGGCGGAUGGCGGUGGAGAGCGGCCUCACGCUGCGGGACCUCGUCGCGGAGGCGGCCAGGGCCGGGCUCGCGCUGCCCUACGCGCCCUACUGGUGGGGGCUCACCGUCGGCGGCAUGCUCGGAACGGGCGCCCACGGGAGCUCCCUCUGGGGCAACGGCAGCGCCGUGCACGAGUACGUCGUCGGGAUGCGCAUCGUCACGCCGGCGCCCGCCGAGGAGGGGUACGCCAAGGUGCGCGUGCUCGCCGAGGGCGACCCGGUGCUCGACGCCGCCAAGGUCUCCCUCGGCGUCCUCGGCGUCAUCUCUCAGGUGACGCUGCAACUACAACCCUUGUUCAAACGCUCGGUGACGUUCGACGAGCGGGACGACGGCGACCUGGAGGAGCAGCUGGCGAAGUUCGGGUACCAGCACGAGUUCGCCGACAUCGCCUGGUACCCCGGGCACCGCCGGGCGGUAUACCGCAUCGACGACCGUCUCCCGCUGAGCGCCCCCGGCGACGGCGUCCUCGACUUCAUCGGCUUCCGCGCCACCCCGACGCUGGGCAUCCAGGCCAACCGUCUCGCCGAGGACCUCCUCGAGCGCGCCGGCAACGGCACCGGCAAGUGCGUGGCGUCGCGGCUGACCCACGCGGCGCUGUCGGUGGCCGGCUACGGCCUGAUGCGGCGGAGCGGCGGGGUGUUCACGGGGUACCCCGUGGUGGGGCCCCAGCACCGGAUGCAGGCCUCCGGCGGGUGCGUGGCGGGGCCCGAGGACGCGCUGCUGACGGCGUGCCCCUGGGACCCGCGCGUCCGGGCCAGCAGCUUCUUCCACCAGACCACCUUCAGCCUGCCCCUGGCCCGCGCCGCCGCGUUCGUCGCCGACGUGCGCCGCCUGCGGGAACUCAACCCCAGGGCGCUCUGCGGCGUCGAGCUCUACGACGGCAUCCUCAUGCGCUACGUCAAGGCGUCCACGGCGCACCUCGGCAAGCCCCCGUCCGCCGGCUCCGGCGGCGGCGACAUGGUGGACUUCGACAUGACCUACUACCGCAGCCGCGACCCCCGGCGGGCGCGGCUGUUCGAGGACGUGAUGGAGGAGAUCGAGCAGAUGGGCAUCUUCAAGUACGGCGGGCUGCCGCACUGGGGCAAGAACCGGAACCUGGCCUUCGCCGGCGCUGCGGCCAAGUACCCCGGCAUGGCGGAGUUCCUGCGCGUCAAGGACGCCUACGACCCCGACGGGCUCUUCUCCAGCGACUGGAGCGACGUGGUGCUCGGCGUCGGCGGCGGGUCGCCGACGAGGGACGCGCCCGGGUGCGCGCUGGAGGGGAUGUGCGUGUGCUCGCGGGACGAGCACUGCGCGCCGGAGCAGGGGUACGUCUGCCGCCCCGGCAAGGUGUACAAGGAAGCCAGGGUCUGCACCAAGGUCUCGUCGUAGGUGCAAUUGGUUAGGCGCGCACGUCUGGAAAUUCGAUUUUCUAGAAAUUUGGAAACUGACGAGGCAGAAUAAUUCUCCCGGGAAUUCGGUCAUUUUCUCCACGAUUCCCAGCAGAAUUCAGUUGCCUACUACUACUACUAUAUAUGAAGUUCAAUUAUGAUUCAAAGUCA